CGAGCUGGUUCUUGAUCGCUGGUCCGGGCAGCGCUGGUGGUGCACUUGAUCUGCAAAACGCAUACACCACCUGCUCCGACAGCGCCCGCAACAGCACCCGCAGCAGCUCCAGCUCUUCUCCUUCGAGCGAUGGCAGCAGAAUCGUCUGCGCUGGCCCAUUGGGUCGUGGGCCGCUCCAACUGCCCGUCGGUGCCGCCUCAACAGGGUGCCCCCGUCCUGGGCGACACUCUCUUCCGGACCGAGACUUGCAUCGGCUUUGGCGGCCACCACGGCUUCUUCUCGCUCAACCACACCCAAGCGCCCGAGUACUUUGAUUGCGGAACCGAUCCGAGCUGCGAUCCCAGCGAGUGCAUCCAACAUACGCAUCACCGCAGCACUGCCCGCCGCUCCCGAAGCUGCCGGCUCUCGCAGCCUGCGCCUUCCACGAAACUCGAUACCCUCAGGAACUUUGACCCGUCGUUCAAGACCAAGGCCUUUGUCUUCACCCUCUUCAGCGCCGACCCGGACUGCGAGCAGCCCCAUCGGGCCGAGCGACGUCCUGUCUAUCCCACUUGCACCCAGCUCAGCAGUUCGCUGUUUGUUGUCACCCGACAGCAGCCUCUCGCCGACGAUGCCGUUCGGCUGCAGAGCUACGCCUGCUCGACUGCAAGCUGCACCGACUUUUGCACCCCGUUUCCAGAAUGGCAUGAUGUUGGAUCCUCGGCGUCCACCUGCGUCCUGGAUGCCAGCGGCUCGUAUCGCUCCGACACCGAGCUUGCUGCCUGGAUCUCCUUGGAGGCCUUCUCGACAGACACUUCCCAGCCGGCGAGUGUCUCCCGCUCGACCACCUGGUUGCCGGUCCAGCUCAAUGCACAACUCGCUACAUCUUCCCCGAGUUCAAGUCCAAGUCCGAGCCCGAGCCCGAGCCCAAGUGCUGCCGCAACGACUGCCGAUCCAAACAGCUGGAGCCAAACCAAGACCAUUCUGGUCUAUGCAGGCGUUGGAGCGGCGCUCGUGUUUGCUGCUGUCCUGGCUUGCAUCCUUGGGAAUGUUACGGCUCGGCAUCGCAAGGGCCGCCGUCGCAGACGCAUCUCUCCAAAACAGCGCUCGAGCUCGCUCUCGGCCCAGGUCUCGCCAAGCACCGACCACUACGUCAUUCUGGAUAGCGACCCAAACUCGGCUCGCACUGCAGCGCUCUCGUCCCGGCCUGACGGCUUGACCUUCCUUGGUGCCGCGGCUGCCAACGCUCCGACCGAUUUCAAGCAAGCCACCCAGCCAGGACAUGACCAUGAGCAUGAACAUGAACCCGACAACGGCGACACCAAGACCGAGCUCUCCGGAUGUACCUCGCAGCAGUCCUGGCUGCCGGCCAAUCUCCCGAGUGUGAUAUCGCAGCACCACCCCGAGGCAGUGCCGCCCCUGCCAGCGAAUCGCUCAUCCCUGGCCAACUUUACAGUCGGACUGUCGUCGCUGCCCGAUGUCGCCAGCACCCUCGGUCGUUUCAACACCUCCAGCUCGGGCAGCCGCUCCCCAAAGACACCCGAGUACCCCGUCGACAGCUGGUACGUCGUCGGCACUCGGUUCCGCCCCACCCGCGGCGACGAGAUAUCCCUUGGCGUCGGCCAGGUGGUCCAUCUCAGGAAAGCAUUCGACGACGGCUGGGGCUACGGAGUCAACGACAACACCAAAAAGAAGGGCUUCUUUCCGCUCCAUUCCCUGAUUGCCCCAUGAUUCACUCGUUGCCAGGGUGGCGCGAACAUGUGCGGCAACUGUGGCAUGCAUGCAAUCCGUAUAUCAACUUUGACUGUCGUCGUCUCUAUCGUUGUCUCCCUUCCCUUUGUCGCUCUCCCACUCUUUGCCUUGUCCUUCAUCUCUAUCGAUUUGUCCUUACUUUGUUCCGGCUCGGACUACACACGCAUCUGCGUUGCGUGAUCAUCGAAUAUUAUCGAAUCUACCGAUA